GCUAGGUCUGACGUCAUGGAGAGGGCGUGGAAACGGUCAUCAACAAAAGGGGAAAAAAAAAAGACUGAGAAAACAGAAGAGCUGGUUCAAGAAAAAUGUCCUUUUAAUAUUUCAGGUUACUUUGAGAUAACCAAAAGAAAACCGAGUCUCGCCAUGGAGGCCUUCAGGCUGAUGAAGGAGCUGAAGCUGAACCUGGAGCAGGAGAGUCAGUAUCUGCCCAAGGAGUCGGGACUGAAGCUGAUCGAGUCCAACUCGGAGGGGAAGGGAAUUUCUGCAAAAUGUCGCAACGCCAAGGUGGAGGAUCUCUGGAGCUUGACCAGUUUCUUUGGCUACAGCACACACACUUUCGUCCUGGCUGUUAAUCUGCUGGACAGAUUUCUAGCUAUGAUGAAGGUUCAGCCCAAACAUUUGGCUUGUAUCAGCAUUGGCUGCCUCCAUAUUGCUGCCAAAGUGGUGGAGGACAAGUGUGAUGUGUCGUCAACACACGAGCUGAUCCGCAUCAGCCAGUGCACGUUCACAGUGUCGGACCUUGGGCGCAUGGAGAAAAUCAUCUCUGAGAAACUCAACUUCCAGUUUCAAGCCAUCACAGCCUUAACGUUCCUGCACCUGUACCAUGCGAUUGUCCUGUCGCAUACCUCAAGCAGGAAAGAAGUCCUCAGUUUAGACAAGCUGGAAGCCCAGCUUAAAGCCUGCCUUUGCCGCAUUGUAUUCUCAAAAGCAAAACCAUCGGUGCUAGCUUUGUCACUCAUAAAACAAGAGAUCGAGGCUGUGCAGUCAGCUGACCUGUUUGAGAUCAUCCAGUCCAUUCAGAGACACCUGAAGAUCUCAGAGAUGGAGCUACAGCUCUGGAGAGGCCUGGUGGCUCAGUGCCUGGCGCAGUACUCCUCGCCUACAUGCGCCAAACCCAAUCACAGGAAGCUGGUGUGGAUUGUGUCCCGGCGCACGGCCAAGAACCUGCACAGCAGCUACUGUGGUGCACCGGAGCUGCCCACGAUCCCUGAAGACGGCUGGAGUGAGAGUGACGACUGGGGUGAAGAGAUGAGCUCUGGGGAGGAGUGUCUCAGCAGUUCAUUGGGCAGUGAUGGAGAGGGGCCUUAUUUCCCUGACCACUUUCAAAAAAAAGUCGGCUCCUGAAUCCCUAAAGGUGCUCAGCUGAUCAGAGGCCAUUCUACAGGAUGUAACCUUAAAACAUGGCGGUGGCAGCAGCUUCAUCAUCUGCCUUACGAUACAAAAACUCCAGCUUUCGUAGUGAUGUCAGCAAUCACCCAGACCUCUCCGUGUUAGAGCCACAGUGCCUGGGUUCCACACAAGAUGUAACUUGAGAAUGUAGUAUGGCUUUUUUUUUUAAACUAACUUUAAAUCUCCACUCUAAUUUCACCUACUGUAGCCAUUACUGAUCCUUCUUUCUAACUUUUUGUAACUGUUAAGCUAAAAAAAAAUGCACAACACAGGCAGCUAAAGUUUAUAACCAGAGACCUUUAAAAUUUUUUUUAAUAUAUACAGUGUUUUAAUAAUUGUUGGUGCAUGUUCAGGUUUGCAACAUUCCAGAGAUCUGUGAGACUGUUCAGCUUAGGACUGUUGAAUUCUGGGACAUUUACCCCAGUACCGCAUACAAUUUAUGGACAAGUGUCAGGUUCCAUUGCACUUCAAACUGUGUUUAGCUUGAGACAGGUUGGUGUUGUAUGUUUUGGUUAGUUUACAAGUGUGGUGAUGUGAUCUUUAGACUUGCCAGAUUAGGUUAGGUUUAAAUUAGCCAAAGUACAUAUCUCUGGAGCAAAACAAAGUAACUUUGAAUGUAUUUGUGCGAGAGAAAAAAAAAAUGUUUGGGGGUGGUGGCAUAAAAUGUAAAAAUGUCAAUACAAAAAAAGCCCAAAAAAAUUGUAAAUUUGUAUAAUGUACAAAAAAAUGUAUAGCAAGUUGUAGAUACUAACUUAUUUAUUAUUUUUGUCAUGUUAAAACUAAAUAUUUUUAAAUUCUA